AUGGAUCGUCAAGAUACAACGAGAUGCUCAUUGCGUCUAUGGCCUCUGACUCACAUGUCAAUAUUACAUGAUAGGUUCGGUGCUACGCCUACGGCGACCUGCCUGGACCAGACAGUAGUCGUUCUGUGCCGCCUCCGUGCCAAAGACUAUCCACAGAAGAGAGGCCCGAGAAUAUCUCGCACAUCGAUUCAACGCAAUUGUCGAUAUACAAUGGUCGACGUCAUAUUCAUCCCAUAGUGCGCGUACAAACUCUCCCGUAUACCCAUACGCUCAUGACACAACUACAACUGGACUUCACAAGUUAAUGAUGAUGGGAAUACAGCCAAUAGAAAUCAAGCCUCCCUGGAUAGAUGAGGUGAGCGUCGCAAGCGCUACCGCCGCCACCUAUCACGGUGAUGGGGUCGCAUUCAACUCCAAGCAGCACGUUCAAGUCAGUCACGACUAUGUUCAACAAGCCAAGAAGAAGUCCUCCGAGGCCAGAAUCAGCCUGAAUAACGAAACGGCAUCAUUGGAUGAGUUCAUCAGACGGUAGAAAAGCACUCACAGUUACGACUUGGUUGCAACAUUGGAUCGAACCAGUAUUACACUGAUUGACAGCCGUCACUGUAGCUGCAGGGGCAGUUACAGUAACAGUGGUUGUGGUUGGCGGAGGAGUAUUGGUGGCGACCGCAAGGAGAGCAAGCAAAAGCACAGAGAACACAGUCAUCGUUGAACGAGCGAACAUGUUCGAGAUCUCGAAGAGGUGUACGGCUACUAGUUGAAGAUGGUCGAGGUGGGAAAGAGGAGGAUGCAUUGACAUGUUGGACAGAGAUAGAAUUGCUAUUGGCAGUG